AUGGGUUUCUUGGAGACGUCGUUCCCCCUUAGCCACAAGCACGCCAUCCCCGCGGGAGUGGACAAGGCGACGGCCAUUGCGAAGCUGCACGACCACAUCUACAUCAUCGACUGCGGACCCUACGUGACGUCUCGCACCCCACAGCCAUCCCCGGCAUGGGACUCGUACGACAAGCCCAAGGGCGUCACGUUCGCGUCGGAAAAGGUCGAUGUCCACGAGGUCAGGAACAAGUACGAGAACCCCAUCAUGGGCUCCGACAUCAAGAGCACCUACUACUUCAUCGAUACCACCGAGGGCGUCUUCAUCCGCGUCCACAGCCCCAUGGGCACGGUCAUUGAGAGCAUCUUCACGGUGAAGGAGAAGAGCGACGGCAGUCUGGAGCUCUGCCAUGAGCUUCAGGGAAGGUGCAACAAGGCCCUGGCCGGUAUCUGCAAGAAGGAUGCGGACAAGAACUAUGAAAUGCUUGUCGGCAUAAUUGCGCAGAAAAUGGUGGCUUGA